AUGCAAUGGCCUCAAUCAGAGGUGGUGCUCUUUGGCGAUUUUAAUUGUGUCCAGAGUCCCCAUCUCGACAGAUUGGGAGGUUUGCGGUCGGGACGUCCCGAAAGCCCGGAGUUGGAGACAUUACUUCAAGCUUUAGGACUCGAAGACGCUCAGACUCUGGCGGCUUCGGCAAUGGAGGACGAAGUACCGGAGCCGGUGGAUUACUACACUUUUUGGAAUGCACGGUCGGCCAGCAGGAUUGAUCGAUUUUAUGUAGGCACGUCGUGGACAGCGGUCGUCCAGCAGGUACAAGUACAACUGCCUGUGUUUCAUUCUGACCAUCAACAAAUUAUCUUGCAUGUUGCGGUCGACGCCAGCGCGAGUCCACGACGAGCUCUUAGCGGAGUUAAUACGUCGGGAGGUCGGACGGGAAGUCAACACGAGGACAUGGGACAAAGCGGUCCUCGACUGCGGCUCAAGUAUCCGUCGAAUAACGAAAAAGGAAACGCAGAGGGCACGUCGAUUCCGACAGAGAAUCCAGGCUCAGGCCCGCACGCACCUGCUGACGCGAAAGAGUUUCAUACAGACAAUUGA